AUGGUGACUGACCCUAUGGUGUUCACACAUGCUGACUUCUGUAAUGAUUGCUUUAUGCUUCCCGAUCCCAGAAUAUCUAAGCCUGAUGAAGACCAACUUGGAUACCCAGAAAUUGAUUUAAUGGUAGAGUUUUAUGAAGUCCGGGAUGUUGAAGAUGAAACCAAGCAUUUGCAGGUUCGCCUCCAAAACUUACCCCCUCCUGAUGAUUUUAAAGAUCCCAGUUACCGUUUAUCUAAUUGUAGAACAUUGAGUUUGCUUCCUAGAGAUAGUCUCGAUGUGCUAUUAAUUGUGGUCAAUCAGCGCCUGAUUCCUGACUUUUGGCUUCGCAUACUCCGCGGCGAAUUCCCAUCUCCUUUAAUCAGACAUUCUAUUUUACACCUUCGACAAAUCUUGAUGUUGAACCUUGCACUUCAUCGUUCGAGAACAACUCUUUCGAAAAUUGAAUGGUACUUUGCUAUUGGUCAUGAAAUUUUCUGCCAAGUCGAAUCCACCUCGUGUGAUGAUGAUUGUGGGAUUUGUCGCCAGCCGCUCAAUGAGAUAGGUGAGGAAGGCGUACCGGUAAAAACGCAAUGCAAUCAUAUAUUCCAUCUGCAAUGUAUUAGGGAAUGGAUUAACAUGGCUCCAAAUGGCGAUUGUCCAGCUUGUAGAACAUUGAUUCUAAAGACACUUGAACCUAUUUAUGAUACUCCAGCACGAGGCCCACAUCCAGAAUGGCUUUUAUCCCUAUUGUUACCCGCACCACAACUUGCUCCUAGCCAUGCAGCACGUGUAGCACAAGAACUCGUACAAUUAGAGGCUGAUCUCGCAGAUGCACGUUUGAGAGCCGCGGAGACUGAACAAAAUCUCACUGAUCUCCAUGAUGAACUACAGAUUCCAAGCGAUGCCUUUUCUCGCCUAGAAUUCUUCAGUACUGCAUAUAUCCUACGCUCAAGGGAACUUGUUAUGAUGAGACUUCUGAGCUUGUCUGCAAUAAACUUUACUAGGUAUGAAAGUCAGGUUCGGCGCCAUCAAAUCAAUCUCACACAGGUUGAAACGUCUUUUGGAAGAGUUCGUGACUGGAGGCAAGAGUUAGAUAGAUUAAAUCGUCAACCCAUUCGGAGUUAUAGUGCUACCACACUCGAAAUUGCGAGAGCUGAAGUUGAUCUUUUAAUCGGGAUUGUAGACCAGUAA